AUACCGUCUCAAUUCAUCCUAUUUCAUCAAGCAUAUGUAUUUUACAAAUUAUCACAAACUCAACUUAUUAACUUAUAUAAGUUAAAAUCUGUAUUUCAAUAUAACGGAAUGUCUCUUUUUCUUAAGAAUGAAAUAAAGGAUUUUUUUGUUGUAACACAAGAACUAUUUCAUUCCGAAUUAAGACAUAAGAAUCUUCGCAAUUAUGGAAUGAAUCAAUGGACAAAUUGGUUAAGGAGUCAGUAUCAAUGUGAUGUAUCUCAUAUUAAAUGGUCUAGAUUAGUACCACAAAAAUGGCGAAAUAUAUUCAAUCAACACUGUAUGGCUCAAAAUAAAGAUUUAUGUGAUUUAUAUGAAAAGGAUCGAUUAAUUAACUACGAAAAAAAUUUCGAAACAGAUUCAUUACUGAAUCAAAAAGAUAAUUUUAAAAAACAAUAUAGAUAUGAUAUUUUAGCAUAUAAAUCUAUUAAUUAUGAAUAUAAGAAGGACUCUUAUAUUUAUGGAUCACCAUUACAAGUAAAAAAUAAACAAGAUAUUUUUUAUAAUUACAACACACAUACACAAAAAGCAUUUAAUAUGCCGGAAGGUAUUCCUAUUAUCCCUUAUCUAGUAGAAGAUGAUAUUAGAGAUAUGGAGAUAAAUCCGGAUAGAAAAUAUUUUGAUUGGAGAAUUUUCCAUUUUUGUCUUAAAAAUAAGGUCGAUAUUGACGCCUGGAUCGAUAUUGAUACUGACACUAACAGUAAUAAAUAUACUAAGACUAGGGUUAAUAAGUAUCAAAUAAUUGAUAAAAUCAAUAAGAGGGGUCUUUUUUAUCUCACGAUUCAGCAAGAUCAAGAAAUCAACCUAUCCAAUCAAAUAACCCUUUUUGAUUGGAUGGGGAUGAAUGAAGAAAUACUAAGUUGUCCCAUAUCAAAUAUGGAAUUUUGGUUCUUCCCAGAAUUGGGGAUACUUUAUAAUACGUAUAAAAUUAAACCGUGGGUUAUACCAAUUAAAUUACUAGUUUUAAAUUCUAAUAUAAAUGAAAAUGAUAGUAAAAACAAAAGCAUCACCGGAAAUAAAAAAAGGGAUCCUUUUAUAUCAAUAUCGGAGAAUUCAAAAAAAUCUUUUGAAUUAGAAAACCGAAACCAAGGGGAAAAAGAAUACGCGGUCCAAGCAGAUUUUAAAUCAGCUCUUUCAAACCAAGAAAAAGAUGUUGAAGAAGAUUAUACGGGAUCGUACAUGAAAAAAAAUAGAAAUAAAAAGCAAUACAAGAUCAAUACAAAAGGGGAGUUUGAUUUCUUCCUAAAAAGGUAUUUGCAUUUUCAAUUGAGAUGGGAUGAUUCUUUAAAUAAAAAAAUAAGCAAUAACAUCAAAGUAUAUUGUCUCCUGCUUAGACUGAUAAAUCCAAGAGAAAUUACUAUAUCCUCUAUUCAAAGAGGCGAAAUGAGUCCGGAUAUUCUGAUGAUUCAGAAAGAUUUAACUCUUACAGAAUUGAUUAAAAGGGGAAUUUUGAUUAUUGAACCAAUUCGUCUAUCUAUAAAAAAUGAUGGAAAAUUUAUUAUGUAUCAAACCAUCGGUAUUUCAUUAGUUCAUAAAAGCAAACACCAAAUUAAUCAAAGAUACCGAGAAAAAAAACAUGCUGAUAAGAAUUCUGAUGAAGCCAUUAGAAAACAUCAAAGGAUGACUGUAAAUAGAGAUAAAAAUCAUUAUGAUUUGUUUGUUCCUGAAAAUUUUUUAUCACCUAGACGUCGUAGAGAAUUGAGAAUUCUAAUUUGUUUCAAUUCUGAGAAUAGACAUAGAAAUGCAGCAUUUUGUAAUGGGAAUAAGGUAAACAGUCAAGUUUUGGAUAAAAGCAAAAACUAUAAAAAAAAACUUAUUAAAUUUAAGUUAUUUCUUUGGCCCAAUUAUCGAUUAGAAGAUUUGGCUUGUAUGAAUCGUUAUUGGUUUAAUACCAAUAAUGGCAGUCGUUUCAGUAUGGUAAGGGUACAUAUGUAUCCGCGAUUGAAAAUGCAUUAAUAGUACAUUUUUGCUAUAUUUCCCAUACUAUAUCUGAUCUAUGACGACAAAGAGAUGCACACAUGCAUUGUCUUACAUUCCAUCGUUCCAUUCUGAUACACGAUACUAAUUCAAUGACAUAUCAAUUUGAUCUAGAAAUGAAUCAACAAAAUAUUAUUAUUUUAGGUCUAAAUUUUUAUCUUUUGUGAGUGCAGAAAACAACCAUCCUUUAUGUAUACCCUUUCAAAUCCAAAUAAAAUUUACAAAUUAAAAAUUUAAUUUUAUUAAAAAAAAUUAUAAAUUAAUAACAAAAUUAAUAUUUUUGUAUAUACAAAAUAAAAAUGAGAGGCAUUAUUAUUACUGAUCAAUAAAGAUAUCUAUCAAUAAAAAUUUCUUAAAAUAAAAAGAGGGGGGCGAGAAGAUUUAAUUUUAUGGUAAAAAAUUCAUUCAUCUCAGCUAUUUCACAAGAAGAAAAAGACGAAAACAGAGGAUCUGCUGAAUUUCAAAUAGUUAGUUUCACCAAUAGGAUACGAAGACUUACUUCACAUUUAGAAUUACACAAAAAAGACUAUUUAUCUCAGAGAGGUUUACGUAAAAUUCUGGGAAAACGCCAACGACUGCUGUCUUAUUUGUCAAAGAAAAAUAGAAUAUGUUAUAAAGAAUUAAUUAAUCGGUUGGAUAUUCGGGAGUCAAAAACCCGUUAAUUUGAAGAGGCAUUUUGAAUUAUUUGAUUUAUUAGAUCGUGAAUUUUAAUGAACUUUUUUUCGUUUUCAGCAAUUCAUGAAAGAAUGAAUCGAGGAAAAACCGAUGAAUAUACCAGCUACAAGAAAAGACCUCAUGAUAGUCAAUAUGGGCCCCCACCACCCAUCAAUGCAUGGUGUUCUUAGACUCAUCAUUACUCUAGAUGGUGAAGAUGUUAUUGAUUGUGAACCAAUAUUGGGUUAUUUACACCGAGGGAUGGAAAAAAUUGCGGAAAACCGAACAAUUAUACAAUAUUUGCCUUAUGUAACACGUUGGGAUUAUUUAGCUACUAUGUUCACAGAAGCAAUAACUGUAAAUGGACCGGAACAGUUGGGAAAUAUUCAAGUACCUAAAAGAGCUAGCUAUAUCAGAAUAAUUAUGUUGGAGUUGAGUCGUAUAGCUUCUCAUCUGUUAUGGCUUGGUCCUUUUAUGGCGGAUAUUGGUGCACAAACUCCCUUUUUCUAUAUUUUCAGAGAAAGGGAAUUGGUAUAUGAUCUAUUCGAAGCUGCCACCGGUAUGAGAAUGAUGCAUAAUUAUUUUCGUAUCGGAGGAGUAGCGGCCGAUCUACCUCAUGGUUGGAUAGAUAAAUGUUUGGAUUUCUGCGAUUAUUUUUUAACAAGAGUUGCUGAAUAUCAAAAACUUAUUACACGAAAUCCUAUUUUUUUAGAACGAGUCGAGGGAGUAGGCAUUAUUGGUAGAGAGGAAGUAAUAAGUUGGGGUUUAUCGGGACCAAUGCUGCGAGCUUCCGGAAUACAAUGGGAUCUUCGUAAAGUUGAUCAUUAUGAAUGUUACGACGAAUUUGAUUGGGAGGUACAGUGGCAAAAAGAAGGAGAUUCAUUGGCUCGUUAUCUAGUCCGAAUUGGUGAAAUGAUAGAAUCUAUAAAAAUCAUUCAACAGGCUCUGGAAGGAAUUCCAGGGGGACCCUAUGAGAAUUUAGAAAUACGAUACUUUGAUAGAGAAAGGAAUCCUGAAUGGAAUGAUUUUGAAUAUCGAUUUAUUAGUAAAAAGCCUUCUCCUACAUUUGAAUUGCCGAAACAAGAACUUUAUGUGAGAGUCGAAGCCCCAAAGGGAGAGCUGGGAAUUUUUCUGAUAGGGGAUCAGAGUGGUUUUCCUUGGAGAUGGAAAAUCCGCCCCCCGGGUUUUAUCAAUUUGCAAAUUCUUCCUCAGUUAGUUAAAAGAAUGAAAUUGGCUGAUAUUAUGACGAUACUAGGUAGUAUAGAUAUCAUUAUGGGAGAAGUUGAUCGUUGAAAUGAUAAUUGAUACACCAGAAGUACAAGAUAUUGAUUCUUUUUCUAGAUUAGAGUUUUUAAAAGAGUUUUAUGGAAUUAUAUGGGUGCUUAUUCCUAUUUUGACUCUUGUAUUGGGAAUCACAAUAGGCGUACUGGUAAUUGUAUGGUUAGAAAGAGAAAUAUCCGCAGGGAUACAACAACGUAUUGGACCUGAAUACGCCGGCCCUUUGGGAAUUCUUCAAGCUCUAGCAGAUGGGGCAAAACUGGUUUUCAAAGAAAAUCUUCUUCCAUCUAGGGGGGAUACCCGUUUAUUCAGUAUCGGGCCAUCCAUAGCAGUCAUAUCAAUUUUAGUAAGCUAUUCAGUAGCUCCUUUUGGCUAUCACCUUGUUUUAGCGGAUCUCAAUAUCGGUGUUUUUUUAUGGAUUGCCAUUUCUAGUAUUGCUCCGAUUGGACUUCUUAUGUCAGGGUACGGGUCAAAUAAUAAAUAUUCCUUUUUAGGUGGUCUACGAGCUGCUGCUCAAUCGAUUAGUUAUGAAAUACCAUUAACUUUAUGUGUGUUAUCAAUAUCUCUACGUGUGAUUCGUUGAUACAUAGACAUAAACUUUUCUUUAUUCCUUCCUUUCAAAGAAAGGGUUGGAAUGAAUUAAGUAGAUGUAGAUAUCUUCAUUUUUUUUUAUUCAUUAUUCGGGUUGAUGAACUAAAUCAAAUAGUUAUAUGAGUGAAAGAAAACAGCUUAUAUAUAAAUUCGCAGUAAAAAGAUUGAGUCUCAUUUUCUAUGUAUAAGAGUUAGAGAGUUAAGCGGAAAUAAACAUAAACAGAAGCGACCGUUUCCCCCAAGAUUGGUUGAUUAGUCAUCCUGACUUGAAGCGGGCUCAAAAGAUCAACCAUAUUGAGUUUUCACUAUCAUUUGUAUGUAUUACCACAGGGGGGGGUUGAACAAAAACGAGUGGGUGGUUAGAAACACCAAGAUAUGUAAAGGAUUAGUAAUGGAGAUUAUGUAAAUUCUCCAAAAGGACAUUUUUACAUAAAUAUACAAACAAAGAAUACUCAUUGGGGCUUUAAGUUGGUAGAAAUGAUCAGGCAAUACUCCCCACGACACGAUUCCAAUCCAGAGUAUGCUCCUAUCCACAGAUUAAAUAAAUAACUAUUGGGAACGAAAUAAUCCUUUACUUUAUUUUGUAAGCCCCCUUUUUCUCAGAAAUAGAAAGAAGAAUAGGAAC